UCUUAUUGCUCUCAUCUUUCGCGCGCUUACGCGACUUAACAACCAGCAAAGGCGACAAUGCGAGCAUCAGUUUCAUCUCCGCCUCGUCUUCACUCUCCGUUCAUUCACCGUCCCGUCAGUUUUACACCGUCUUCUUCCCGUCUCCGGUCGCCGGCAGCAGCAUCUUAUCCACGAAUCAAAGCAGAAGUCGACACGAACACGGUAGUCGCAAUCUCCGUAGGUGUGGCCAGCGUCGCAUUAGGAAUAGGAAUCCCUGUCUUCUACGAGACACAAAUCGACAAUGCCGCUAAGCGAGAGAACACUCAACCUUGUUUUCCCUGCAACGGAACCGGAGCACAGAAAUGUAGAUUGUGUGUGGGAAGUGGUAACGUGACGGUAGAGCUUGGUGGGGGAGAGAAGGAAGUCUCCAAUUGUAUCAACUGUGAUGGUGCUGGUUCCUUGACUUGCACUACUUGUCAAGGCUCUGGUCUUCAACCUCGUUACCUUGACCGGAGGGAGUUCAAGGACGAUGACUAAACAUCUUUCACUCUACAGAACCAUAUUAAAGAGCGUCUCCUUCUCCCUUCUGUGUAGUUUACUACAUUCGAAACAAGACUGUUUUGUUUUGUCUUUACCAAAACAUGUGAGAACUCAAGACUUUGAAUACUGAAACAGUUGAAAGAUAUAAUGAGCAAACAUGAUAAACUAAAACUUA